AUGAGAGGUGGCGGGGCGGGGAUUGCCGGUGCAUGGGCGCCGGAAAGCCAAGAAGAGCGGACAACAUCCUCUAGAGUGCAUGGCCUGCUGCGUACUCCGCUUAUCGCUUUAACCAGCACUACCAUGAACCAACCUUACGGGCAGUACCCUCCCCAGCAGCCCGUCGCCUUCCCCUACGGCGCCAACAACUCCUACCCGCCGCCGCAGACGACCGCGUACACAUAUCCCAACUCCCUCUCGCAGCAGCUCCAGCACCAGCAGCAGCAACAGCAGCCUGCUCCACAGCAUCAACAACACCAGCAGUCGCAGUUCUUCCAGAGCCUGCCGCAGGGCGCCGCCGCUCCCCGACAACAACCGCCGCCGCAUCUCCAGCGUCAGCAGCAGCAGCAGCGACCUUCGGUCCAACACAAUGUCGGGCCCACGAUCCCAUCUUCGCCAGGAAAUGGCCCUGGCGCGCCGCCGCCCAUGCCAAACUCGCCGCCCGACCCAAGCUACGAAGAGCGCUUCAUAAACGCGUUGCGACGCGAGACCGAAGGCGGCAAUGAGAACCAGGACGAAACCGAGAACGCGAAUCAAGAGGAGGAGGAUGAGGACAAUGACGAUCAGGACAACGAGGGAAACGACGACGAGCCAGUAUAUCAGCUUGCGCCUCCACCCGAGCAGAUAUACCCGAACGAGGUCGAGUUGGAGAAGGCCAUGCAUGCGUGGUCGCUAGAGCAUGGCUACGAAUUGGUUCGUAGAGCGAGCAAGAAGAAUGCCAGAGGGCAGCUCUACAAACGCUACUUUCACUGCAGCAAGCAUGGCAAGACGUCCAACACGAACAAGGCCAACGAGAAGAACAAGGUCCGCGUGAAUCGCAAAUCCAACCGCAUUGGGUGUCCCAUGUCUCUGGCUGCUGUGUCGGUUGAUCCCCACGAUCCGUCUGGCAACUGGCAAAUUCGACAUCGCAAAGUACAUCACAACCAUCCAGCCGUCGACGCGAUCAAACUUGCGGGACAUCGACGGCGGGCGCGAAUGGGCAAUGUCGAGAAAGUGGUUGACGGACUUUUCGCGAUUGACACAAGUACGGGAGAUGUGCUCAAAUUCCUCCAACGCACGAACCCUGAUGGCCUGUUCAACCGUACGGACGUUGCCAACAUGAAGCUGAAAUGGAAGAAGUACGGGACAUGUGCUCAGCGUGGAGAGGACGCCGCGGCCGACAAACCACCACCCGCUUCAACUAAGACCGGGUUUCCAUCUGCGUGUCUUUCCUGCCGGGCCAAGAAGACUAAAUGCGAUAGUGUGCGUCCCGUCUGUGGUCAUUGUGCCAAGUCAAAGACCGCAUGCCAGUACGAUCAUGAUCCACACCCUCGUGUGCCGCAGCCUCAACAGACUAACAGCCAAGCGCCGCCGCCUGCACCAAUGCGCCAGCCUAGUGUACAAAACCAGCACCGCGAAGACCACUCAAUGAUGAGCAUCGACACCAAUGUUCCUCAUAUCGAGCCUCAGCAAUUCACCCCUUCUAUGCCAAGCAAUGCAAACAACAUAGCUCCACAGAACGCUACCGAGGCUCAGUCAGUAUUGUCGCUCAUCGCAGACUUUCAGAAGGAGCACGUGAAGCCUACGAAGCUGUCAUCCGACAGUUCCAGUGUCGCUAUUCUCGCUCACUCCACGUGCGGCAAUGGUGAUUCCUACAAGGCUGUGGCGCCGCGGCCGUUCGCGAUCAAUGUGGACUGGCGCUCUUUUAAAGACAACUUCCUUGCAGCGGCCGUGAAGGAGAACACCAGUGAUGUUCUCGUUGGCGAGAGAAAGGAACCCGUCAAGCCGCCGGGCGAGCUGUCUGUCGAAGACCACAACGAAUACAUCAAGCAAGUCGCCAUCUACAAACGUCGGAAUGACAUGCUCAAGAUCGGUCUCAAGGAGUGUCUGACACUCCAACUCUGGAGAGGUUUUCAUGCGAAGAGUGCACACGAGAUCUGGUCCUCUCUGGAAGAUAUGUACAUGCCACGAGGUAGCGACCAAGCUUAUAUGCGGUUUUUGGAGCUUCAAAACGUGACACUCCAGAACUGCGGUGGCAUCGACAACUAUAUUCACACCUUCGAGACCAGACUUUAUGACUACAAUCAGCUGUCAUUCCACCACGAGACACGUCGAACAGCCGCGGCUCUCAAUCAAAGCCAUGCUGAGAGACUGAAGCGACAGAACGGUGGGAAUGGAACUUUCCCACAGGAGAUGCUCUGUUUUCUCUUCUUGAAAAACCUUGGCCCCCAACACCAGAAUAUUGCAACCACCCUGACAAAGAAGAACAACAUUGGUGGAUUUGGAUCAGGCGAGCGACUAGACUUCAAGCACUUGGCGCCCCUUGUCAAAAGUGCGCUUGGACGAUGA